AUGCCGUCUAGUAACUCGCAGACCGAAAACCUGUCAGAGGUAAGGCUCUGUCUGUACCUGAAGUAGUUCGACUGGGAUAACUGUUACCGAGUGAGAUGCCGAUCGGGCUGUCUCGUGUGGCUUUCAUUUUCUCUCUUGUUGAACAUGUAUUUUAUGACCCUCUCACAUUUUCCGUUAUCAUUUAUAUCUGUAGUCAGUCUUGGAGUUCACAGACGCACACUUCUUAUGUAUUACACGUAUUUCAAGCUUCUUUUUGUGUAAAAUGCCCCAAUUGAUGUGGGAAGCAAAUCAAUCUCACUGACAUCUAGUGUCGUCGUGCGACCUGCACCUCUUUUUUCGCUUAACAUGACUUCGGCCAAAAUUUCAACAUUUCUUAUUAACCAGACAUCUUCGCUAAUUAAAAAAAAACUUCUGUAUCUACAGUGAGUGACCGAUCUCAUGAAAUGUUGACCGAAAUUCUGAAAUGCGUUUUCGAUAAGGAAGGAUUACUUGGGUACGGUAACAACAUUGAUUAUCAUGCGGCAUAAUCCAGUAAUAUUUCGGACUCGGCAGGAUUUCUGCUUUUGAAUGCAUUUCUUUUUGACCUCCUGUAGAAAUCUCACUCGGCAAGAAAUGGCUACUUAAUUGACGUUCAUGUUUCACAUUGAUUUUUGAUGGUCUUAUAAAUGCAAAUUUAUUUUAUAGAAAGCAUGCAUAAAAAUAUGCUUUCUUUUACUCGCUUGGUGGAGAAUCACGUUGUCCUUAUAUUUUUUUACCUGAUGGGAGGAUAUAUUUAGCUUUUAAAAAAGUUUUUAAUCAUGAGAUUUUUAAGACCGUGCAAUUUCCAUUCAUACAGCAUAGCAUAUGUCCGUUUGCCAAUGCUUCUCAUGAAAUGUAUAACAUAGUCCGAAUCCAUUGUAAUAUUUUAUGAAAUCUACAUGGUAUCUUUUUGUAGGCAUAGAGGAAUAUAUUAUUUUUCUUACGCCGAAAGCAAGCACCUAGUAGACUGAAAUCGCAAAAGCUAAUGCAACGGCUGAUCAGACUCAAAAUUAUUCGGACAUUGAGAAACUUUUUCAAAACCUAAAUAUACCCUUCCUUCAGGUAUAGAAUAUAAAGACAACGUGAUUCUCCGCCAAGCGAGUAGAAGAAAACAUAUUUUUAUGCAUGUUUUCUAUAAAUAUAUUUGAAUUCAUAAGACCAUCAAAAAUCAAUGUGAAAAACGCAUGCCAAUUAAGUAGUCAUUUCUUACCGUGUGCGAUUUCUACUGGAGGUCAAAAAGAAAUGCAUUCAAAAACAGACAUCCUGGUGAGUCCGAAACAUUAUAGUAUUAUGCCGUAUGAUAAUCGUUGUUGCCGUACCUAAGUAAUCCUUCCUAAUCGAAAACGCAUUUCAGAAUUUCGAUCAACAUUUCAUGAGAUCGGUCACUCAUAUAAGUCGGUUGAGGUAAGCUUUAAUCGUCUCAUGAACACAUCCGUCCGAAUAAGAUUGAUGAAGCUCGUUACUGAAAAAACUUGCAGUUUUGUGAAGAUUCACGAAUGCUCUUUUCGACACCACCCUUUAUCUCCUCUCAUCAGUAAACCGGUACUGGGGCUGUGAAGAACAGCACAGUUUGUAGUAUUCAUGUAGCUCCAAGGGAUAGUGGACGGUUCCCCUCCAGACUUUAUUCAAAAAGGUCUUCAGUCAAAGAAAACUGUGAUGAGACUUGGAAUGGACACGGCGCAUUACCUUCACCGACUCGAGUAGCAGCUAUGUUGUUAGCGCUACGACCAGCAGACCAAGUUCCGACUAGCAGCAGUGUAGAGAAGACACCAGAAGACGGGUUUUAUUGUGUGGAAAGGCCUGAAUUGCUGUCUCAGGCAGCAGCAGCAGCCACUGGUCAGGCCAGAGAGUGUGUUGACGGUCUCAACUUACUCCUGAGGUGCAGCAGUGAGACUGUAGCAUCAGAUGCUUGCGGAAGCAAGUUUAACUGACGUGUGUCAAAACGGUGUGAAUACGCGUGUUGCAGUCGGUUCGACUGUAAGCCCGGAGUGCUAAUACCCUCCCCCCCCUCCCCCCACGGGAAGGUGGAUGAUCUUGAAGUGGCAGAGGUUUGAACAAAAACAACAGUCUGCGGACACGUUGCUGCCUUACGAAUGCACCUAAUUGUUUUACUGACUAGAGCCCCUUUCAAAACAGCUUCCAGGGCUCUUCGAGCAAAUGCCGUAUUGUACUUGCUUCGGGUGAUGUGGCCCUGGUCAUGUUUGAUCUGUUUAACCUUAAUUGUCACGAUCUGUCUCAAUAUAGGCGGAUCUCCAACGGCUGUCGAGCUGUCGUUUUGUUGUUUGAGUUACAACCAAAAUCCGGCGUAUUUCGUACCUUGUGCUUUAAUUUGAGGGCUGAUGUUAACUCUCCUUAGGACUCCCCAAAUAAGACUGAUGUCAGUCGGUACAGUGAGGCCACACUUCCCUAUUAAGUCGGCGUUAAUAUUUGUUAGACCGAGGCGCAAAUAGAGAAGGUCGUUUAGGCGAUCUUCAUCUUCGAAGCGAAUUGAGUUCGAACGGAAGAUAAUAUUUCUUUACAUUACUAAGGCUACUCGUUCUUGGCAAAUGUAGGCGAAAUACAAGUUAAUCGUUUGCUUUUGUGUAGUUAGACGUCAGAAAAUUUUUGCACAGACGAUAUCUGUCGAUCUCUGAAGCAGAUAAAUCCUCCGGCGUUUGGGUAAUUCUCCUAGCAGAUUCAAAAAUAAAAACUGGUUGCAUUUAAGAAUAGCCUAAGGCUGAAGAGAGGUCGACACAUGUUUGUUGGAUUACAAUCUUAUGUCUGAUCGCAAAAUGUUCUCCCGAAUUGUUGCCGUGGCGCAUUUUGUUGGAACUAGUCUACUUCACUUCCUCAUGUGUCUUUAUCAUAUAAGGUAGGCACCUUAACGUGCAUGUUCCUUUCAAAGGCGGAUAGUUUGGGCAGCAACUCGAAAACUUUCUGUAUGUUCACACAAUGGUUUUUAAACUUUUACCUGUGUCACUAUAUAUGUCUGGUUUUAAAGACUGUAACCACUUUACUGUUACUUUUGAAUUCCGGUUCUACAUUUCUCCGUCAUUUUUAUCUUUUCAAAUGCGUAUGCAGAUUAUCUCUUCUUCCCUGUCGGAGACCGAUGAUCGCACCAACUCAAGCCGGCCGAAAGAGCUCGAUACCAAUGCGAUUCCUGACGGCAUUUUCGUGAGUCCUGUACAUUCCUAUCCCGUCCCUUGACAUUUUACUGGAAUGCCAACUCAAAGCCAGUAGAAUCUGUUCAUCACCUUGCACAUACUCGUCACCUACCGUCAUUAGAGGUACCAAACCGGCUGCGCUGUUGCGUUGGACUCGAACUGAAUCACACAGGAUAUGUGGAACAAUUAGACAGGGGAGUUGAACCACAUCAGUCCGUUAAAUUUCUGUUCCAGCACACUGCCGAUGUACAGUGGAAAACAAAGCGAGGCUGAGGUGAAUCCAGCGCAUACUGUCCUCGGCAUAGCAAAUCUCAUACUCUUGUGAACUGUCACGAUGCGCUGAAAGUCGUGCCUUGCGAGACCGGCCAGACUGCAAAUGCCGCCCCUGUGACCUUCGUGCCAUCUUUCACAGCCUUGAGGUCAGAGCUAAUGUGAUUUCGUUCGUGUGGCGCAUGUUGGGCUUGAGGUAGGGCCCGUAAGGCACAACGAGACGAGUGACUUCCGUAAAGACGAUCGGUGAGCGCUCCUCUACCAUUGUACAUUCCCGACCAAAAACCGACAGAACAACGUGCCCGUGGCUCAGUGGUUAGAGGCGUUGGACUUCUAACUAGCAGAUCGCGGCAUCGAGCCCCAGGUGUUUCACGCUUCGGGGUUGGGCGUGAAUGGCCAGGAGUGGCCAUUCCAGUCUCCCCUGUCUUUGUCGGUAAUAACAUUCUGCACUUGGAACUGUUCGUAUGAGUGACAAUUUUUACUUUGACUCUACCCAUUCCGGCUGAGAAUGUGAAGAAAGUGCGUGCCCACCCAUUUCUUAACUGUUAAGCAUUAGUAUUUAUAAUCAUCGCUCUUUUCUGUGAGAGUAGGACAAUGUGCUUAGCUGCAUGGAGCAUGAAGUCCUCAAAAGUAGUAUGAUGGCAAAGACGGUUAGAUUGGACUGACUGUUUUCCAUAUUUGUCACCAACCCCCUCAAGGCACUUUAACUUGUCAGCUUUAUGUCCUAAGCGGAAUUUUCUAUACGAGGGACAUCGUUUUUACAAAGAUCUGCAAUACUAGCAAUACUAACAAGUUUACUGUCUAGCAAAUUGUCAAAUUAAAGUGUUUAGCACCGACGCACGUGCCUCGGUAGCGCAGUUGGUUAGCGCGUCAGUCUCAUAAUCUGAAGGUCGUGAGUUCGAACCUCACCCGGGGCAGGCUUUUGUCCUAGUAGCAUUUGAAACUGCAUUUGCCUGCAUUGACUUUGGCAUGCGGGGCUUUCAUACAUUGGAAUAAACAGAUCAAUCUCUCCAUGGUUUUGUCAUGCACCAUGAAGGAUUGCAGUCAAAUUCGCCCACUGUGGAUGCUUAAGAGAUCGUGAUUACUGCCGUCUACAUGAUUCAUUUUCGACGUUUGUCUCGAUUUCAUCCUCUGGAGUGGAAUUUCGUUGGUUAGCCGUUUGAUUCGUAAGCAAGCUGUCUUGUGUUAUUUUAGGGUAAAAGGAUACUAUAUUAACGGUGUUGACCUACUUACCGUAGUAGUUGACGUCAAUGCGACCGCAUUAUGUUACCGACACAAAACUGUUUACUUGGUUAAUGUGAGUAGUAUGAUAUCAUGAGAUUUCAACUGUCUGUGUACACGGGACGAAUUCAUAUGGAGGGCACAAUUUUCCCUCUUUCGAUUAAUAGACAAGUGGACCAAAUUUUCGUAACCUGUCUCCAAAAUUUGACUGGUGAUCAGAUGGCAAACGAACUGACCUCCUUAAUUUCCUAUCUUUUUUAAACUACAGUGCUAAUUCUGUGAUCUACAAACUUCAUUGUUGUUAUCAUUUUAGUAUCGCGCUCUGUGUCAACUAGCAGUUGGAAAACGAAUAAUGAGCUCCAUCAGUCUUUGUGACCGUUUGAACCUCAUGGUCGUGCUCCCACAGCGUCAGAUCUUCUCUGUCAAGGCAGUGGUCCUUUCUGACGAGUUCCACGAACUUACCACGAGUAUGCUAAAGUGUUUCUCUCAGUUGGACAUCGAGACCCUUCGUCUUGGCCGGUUAGGACCAAAUUUUCCCGGUGGUGCCAUCACAUGCUUAGCCCGAACCAUUCUAAUCCAUCCUCUUGCCUUUUCCCGCCUGACCUCACUCGAUCUCAGUCAGCAGUUUCAGCCCCUAUCCCUUCUUCUUCAACUGUUCUCGACAUCAGAUGUUGGUUAUUCUGCCUCAAGAUUUCCACACCUAAAGUUUCUUUCAGUCCGGCCGAUCAGAGACUGCCACGGCAAGCUGAAACCUCACAUGUAUUCUUCUUUUUAUUCUUCCUCAUCCUCAUCAUCAUCCUCUGACGAAUUUCGCAUCGUUUCCCUCCCUUGCCUCAAUUCUUGCAUCCUCCUCCUCAGCUUUGAUGUAUUUUCUGACUCAGGAAAAUUCCGUUCCCUGAUGUGUGCCAUUCAGAGGGUAGAGGCCCUGACAAUCUCUCAGCGCUUUUGUCUCCGUAACAUGGGCAGAAAGGCUUUCAGGACAGAUGCCGACGAUUGGAGUUUUUCUAACCUUCGUUACCUUCAAAUUCCACCCUGGGAAAAGCUUGUUAAGGCCCUUGCCACUGGCCGACGCGAGAGGCCCUCCAGGUUCCCCAGCCUUCAGAGGAUCCAUAUCCAGCUGUGUGACCAAUUAACGCAUAUCCAUCCGCUCAGCAGGCUCAGUCAACUGUUGCCGGACAUUGAAAUCUCUCUCAAAGGAUUUGGUCAGACCUGUUUGGAGGCGGCGUCAGGUCAGGGGGAGGGCAGUGCUGAGGCGUGGGAUGCCGUGCUCUUGGGCAGCAACUCCACCAUCUGGUGGCCCCACAUCCAUCUCGACUUCACAAAGAGUCUUGAGAUCGCCCUCUGCCCGGAGAUCAUGGAUCAGACGCCGGAAUGCCGACUGUCACCGCCACUCGCUCACAUAUUGCAGAACAGUUCUGGGAAGUUGGAGGGGUUGACGGUCAGCAUACUUUUCCGUGAUGAGAAACCCGACUACUACGCAGACUUCUAUGAGGUCAUGUCUCGACUGAGUCGCUUCUGUUCUCACCACCUCUUGCGCCUGUUGGCCCGUGGUGGAGACCGACUUGAGUCGGUGACGCUCUCAACGGAAAUAUGGGUUGCCAGUGGCAUCGAGGGCGAGCUCGAGGCGCCUUUAGGUCGGGAUGUUAACUCCCUGCCCUCCGUGAAAUCACUCAGUCUGCUGCGCUUAGCGCGAACCAAGCACAGAUCCCUGGCUUUCCCUGCAGAAUUGCAGUACCCUUUUGCCAAAGAGGUGGUCUAUGCCCGCGGUCUUGAAAGACUGUGCAGCCUCUUCCCCGAUCUGAGGUCUCUCACUUUGCACACGGAGCCCUCAUUCUGUCUGAGCCUUGUUCAACCGCUUGCCAAACUGUGUCCUCGGUUGAGCAGACUCUGCGUGUUCCACUUAGCCGUCGCUGGACCCUACUUGAUGCAACCGCUAAAGGCCCUUUUAGCUGCCCUUCCCCUGGAGGUCCUUAUUCUGCACGUGAGUAGCCUGUCUGUCUACGACUACGCCGCUCUCGAAGACGCUCUCACCUCACCCACUCUGCGUUACGUCUUCCUUUACACAUGUGAGGGAGAGAGACUGUCGAUGGGUGAACUGCGCAACAUGGCUCUAGCAAUGCCCUCCCUCCAAUGGCUGCUUAUUUACAUUGAAAACCAGAAGACCUGUUUCACGGCUCAUGGCACCUCCGGCGGCGGCGGCGGUCUAGUCGAUGACGAGGCCGCCCUGGCGGAGGAGUAUUGUGAAUCAUUUGAAGACUUAUUCUCCUGCUUCCCUCAACUUUAUGGCGUCUUCUGGGAGGAGGAGCUGCGUGGCCGAUGUCGGUAUCCCUACUGGCAGCCCGAGUAUACAGAAGAGAUCGGCUUUGAGGGUAGGGUGUGUAAUUUAAACAAGAUUUGA